AUCAUCAGUCUCGCUUUAGUCGAUCCAAAACAACCAAAUCCAAGGAACAAUGGCGUUCAAGUUUGUCGCUUUUGCCGCCCUUGUGGCCGCCGCCAAUGCCGGUAUCCUCGCCCCCGCUGCUCCAGUCGCUUACGCCGCAGCCCCCGUCGCCAAGGCCGUGGUGGCUAAGACCAUCGAGGCUGACUACGAUCCGCAUCCCCAGUACAGCUACGCAUACGAUGUGCACGACAGUUUGACCGGCGACGCCAAGAGCCAACAGGAAACCCGCGACGGCGACCUCGUCCAGGGUAGCUACUCCCUUUUGGAGGCUGAUGGCACCAGGCGCAUCGUCGACUACACCGCUGACCCAGUCAACGGUUUCAACGCCGUAGUCCGCAAGGAGCCUGCCACAGUCGCUGUCAAAGCUGUCGCCCCGGUCGCCGCUGCCCCCAUCGCGCACGCUGCACCGUUGGCAUACGCCAAAUACGCAACUCCCGUGGCACACGCCGCUCCCGUGGCUCAUGCCGCUCCCCUCGCCUAUGCCGCCCCUGUUGCUAAACUGGCCACCCCCCUCACUUACUCCGCUCCGGUAGCCAAAUUAGCAGCCCCGAUCUCUUACGCUGCCCCCGUGGCUAAGAUCGCCGCCCCCGCUGUCGCUCACGUCGCGCACGCUGCCCCCCUCGCCUAUGCCGCGUCCGCCGCACCCCUCGCUUACGCCACGCACGCCGCACCCCUCACUUAUGCCGCGCAUGCUGCACCCCUUACCUACGCCGCGCACGCCGCACCCUUAGCCUAUGCCGCGUCCCCCUUCGCUUAUGCCGCACCGGCAACUCCGAUCGCUAAGAUCGCCGCAGCACCUGCUGCUUACUCUUAUGCUCCCGCCUCUUACAUCCACUGAUCGCGUUGAUCGCGCCAGCUCACGUUGUCGACUUAGGCCGAACUUAUUUAUUUUUAUACAUUGUAUGUUUUUUUCUGUGUGACUGA